AUGAACCAACCGCUUACACUCGCUCAAGCCCGUUUAGUAACUGAAAAAAAAGAAGCUUUUGGCAAAAACUUGUUUGAGCUUUCAUCGAAUUGCAAGGUUGAAUGUUGCGAAAGAUUAUCGACAUUUACUCUUGUUAUGCUGAGUCAUUUGCCUGUUGUAAAUCGAUUAAUGUCAAAAGUUUUUCCUAUUUCAGUUAGCAUACCAAAAACACAAUUCAAAAAAGUUUAUAUUCAUAGGGAUUUAAAAGUUUUUCAUCUACAUACAACUAUACCAUUUAUAUGUUCAAAAGUGCUUAUUUAUAAGAAUAUUUAUAAAAGAAAUGAAAUUCGUCAUAAUAAUAAGUUUGAUGAUGUUUUAUGGGAAGAAUUUUAA